AUGACACAUAUCUGGCAAUGGAACGGAAAGGGGGCGGCGCCGGGGUGGUUGAUCGAAGGUUUUGCAGAUUACAUACGACUGCAAUCAGGGUACAUUCCGAGCCACUGGGUGCCGCCUGGAGGUGGGUCAAAUUAUACAGAUAGUUACGACAAGACAGCAAGAUUUAUGGACUAUUUGGAGAAGAGGACGAGUGGGUUCGUGUCAAAGCUGAAUCAAAAGCUCAGAGACGGCUUCUCUCUAGAUUACUUUGUGGAGCUGCAGGGAAAGACAGUGGAUGAACUGUGGGCGGAGUACAAGGCAGCGUUUGGGAAUCGUGAUUGA